AUGGGACGACUUGGAGUGAAGAUUGAUGGUCGACAGCCACACCAUGUACGCAAACUGAUCGAAUUCGACGAAACAUGUGGAUGCAUCGGUCUUCAGCUGUAUCUGAAAAACAUGAUGUUUAUGCGAAUAGGCCUCAGAUGUCGACCUAACCCUGGAGUGGGGCAGGAGGAAACGAACGGCCUGAAGGCUUACAAGAGCAUCGAAGAUUUAGAAGAAACCAGACCACGAACACCCGGCUCUCUCGUGCUCAGCUCUACAACACCAUGGUGCUUCCUGCUUUAA